AUGGGUUUUUCAACAAGUAGAGAAAAUUGCUCAAUAAGCGAAAAUAAUAAACUUAAAAUAAAAAAAGAGUUGUAAUCGGAUCUAAGAAAAUUUAAAGAAAUGAUUGAAUAACUUAAGACUUUAGAAUAAGAAAUAGAUUAAUUGGAUGUUUAAUAGAAAUACGAGGAAGCUGAUUAAAAAGAGGAAGGUAUAAUUAACUAUAAUCAUAGAACAUAAAAUAUUAUCAAAAGAGAAAAGAGCACUAGGAAAUAGGAUAAAAAAUCGGAAAAAAAAUUUGGCUGGUCUUGAGCAAAUAACUAAGAAUAAUGAAGCUUUACAAGAACAUAAUAAAUUUGCUGUAGCUAGAAUCAAAGAAAAAAAUUAAAUGAUACUAGAAUUAAAAAAGAGAGAAAAGUUUUAAGACGAAGAGGAAGAACUAGAUGAAGAAUUAAAGGGAUUUUAUAAUGCUGAAGAAUUAUCAGAGCUGUAAGAUGAGAACUAUGUACGUAAUAAAAAUAAAAAUACUAACCUUAAUCAAAUGAAAAAUUAAAAUUAAACUUAAGUUUAAUCCCAAAAUGAAGCUAAACAUGAUGUACAAUUGCAGUAAAACCAAAUAAACUAGUAACCUUAGAUAAAUUAAGCUUAAGCAUUCCUAUAAAAUUGA